AUGCUGCCUCCUACACAUCAACAUCAUAUAUGUGGGAUGCAUGGGACAUGGCAGCUGAAAUCUGCCUUUCUCACCUUGCCCAACUUGUUCCUGACCCAAACGCAGAGUUCCAGGUUGUGUCGGUCGACACACAUGAUUUUGAAAUCGGACCGGUUCAAUUUGAGUGAAUUGAAACCCAAUUUAGCUUGGUUUGGGUUGGAAACCCUCGGGUCUUGGUUAAAAAAUCGUGCAGCCGCUUCUCCUUCCUUCGUUUUUGUCGUGUAUCGAACGAUUGAGAAGAGGAGCGAAUUCUUGAAGCGAUUUUGGUGUUUGGCGAUCGAUCAGAGGCUGUUCGUCGUUGAUUCGAAGCUUCGGGCUCGUGUGUGUGGCUGCUGCGUGGCCGUUUGUGGUGUUCUUCGUUGUGUUUUCUUCAUCUCCUUCGUUUUCUUCCCUUUCAAUCAAAAAAUCCGAGGCGAGUGCAUGACUGUGGGUCCGUGA